AUGUCAUUGCCGAGUUUAAAGCCAAGCCAUCAUUCUAUCAUUACACAAGAAAAUUCGAAUUCACCUCUUCCAAAUGAAAAAUUAUCUCUGGCAGGAAAGCAUCAGAAAUUUUCCUUCGAGCUAUUUAGAAAGGAUUUCGAUGGCAAUCCCGUAAAAGUUCACCUCGCUCAUGCUCAUAACCAGGAACCAGAUGUUCACGAGACGGGCGUUCCAGAAACUGUGAACUGGACUUGUGAGGAGGAAUGUUUCACGAAUAACUUCAUCAACGGCCGACGUUUGAUCCUCAUCAACUCAUCCACGCUAACAAAGUUAGGAAUCCACGACUUCGAACACAUCAAAUUUUUGGCAAGCUCGAUUCGACGGUUGAUUAGGGUGCCCUUCGUGUCUGGCAACCACAGCAUUGCAGACCCCCACACCAAUGCACUUGGUUAG